AUGUUCACUUCAGUGAAGGCCUUCGACGGGCAGCAGUACUCCACCCUGAAGAGGCAGUGCUUGCAGAGUGGCCUGCUCUUUGAAGACCCCCGCUUCCCCGCCAUCGACGACUCGCUGUUCUACCAGGGGAACAGGAUCGGACGUGUGGUCUGGAAGAGGCCUCGGGAGCUGUGUGAGGACCCUCACCUGUUUGUGGAUGGCAUCAGCGCACACGACUUACAUCAGGGGCAGCUGGGUAACUGCUGGUUUGUAGCGGCGUGCUCCAGUCUGGCCUCCAGAGAGUCUCUGUGGCAAAAAGUCAUUCCCGACUGGAAGGAGCAGGAGUGGGAUACGGAGAAGCCAGAAUCGUACGCCGGGAUUUUCCACUUCCGCUUCUGGCGCUUCGGUGAGUGGGUGGACGUGGUGAUCGACGACCGUCUACCGACGGUGGACAACCAGCUGGUCUACUGCCACUCCAACGACAGCAACGAGUUCUGGAGCGCCAUGGUGGAGAAGGCCUAUGCCAAGGUUUAUGGCUGCUACGAGGGUUUGGACGGAGGAAACACGGCCGACGCGCUGGUGGAUUUCACGGGCGGUGUUUCAGAGCCCGUGGACCUGCUGGAGGGUCAGAUGGUGACUGAUGAGGUGGCCCGAAACCAGCUGUUUGAAAGAGUUCUCAAAGUCCACAACAGAGACGGUCUCAUCAGUUGCUCCAUCAGGGCGACCACGAUAGAGGACAUGGAGGCACGGCUGGACUGUGGCCUGGUCAAAGGUCAUGCCUACGCCGUGACGGACGUGCGGAAAGUGAGGCUAGGUCACGGACUGCUGGCCUUUUUCAAAUCCGAAAAGCUGCAGAUGAUCCGCAUGAGGAACCCCUGGGGAGAAAAGGAGUGGAGCGGCCCCUGGAGUGACAGUUCGGAGGAGUGGAACAAGGUGAGCAAGAGUGAGAGAGAGAAGCUCGGCGUCACCGUGCAGGACGACGGCGAGUUCUGGAUGACGUUCGAUGACUUCUGCCAGUACUUCACUGACAUUAUCCUGUGCCGCCUCAUCAACACCUCCUACCUGAGCAUCCACAAAACCUGGGAGGAGGAGGUGAUGAGGGGCUCCUGGGUCCACCGCCAGGACCCCCUUCGCAACCGGUCAGGAGGCUGCAUCAAUCACAAGGCCACUUUCCUGCAGAACCCCCAGUACGUGUUUGAUGUAAAGAAAGUGGAGGACGAGGUGCUGAUCUGCUUACAGCAGAAGGAGAAGAGAGCCACACCCAAAGAGGGCAAAGGGGAAAACCUCGCCAUAGGCUUUGAUAUUCACCGGGUGGAGCUAAAUCGUAAGUACCGUAUGCACUCAGCCCAGCAGAAAGUAGCGGGCUCCAUCUACAUCAACUCGCGCUGCGUCUUCCUCAGGAAGGAUCUGCAGGAGGGCCGUUACGUAAUCAUUCCCACAACCUUUGACCCCGGUCAGCAGGGCGACUUCCUGCUCCGCGUCUUCACUGAUGUGCCUUCAGACUGCAAAGAGCUGACUCUGGAUGACCCUCCUCAGACAUGUUGGACGGGGAUGUGUGGCUACCCUCAGCUGGUCACUCAGGUCCAUGUAAUGAAUGCUGAAGGCCUGCAGGGACAGGACACCAACGGAGAGCUUCACUGCCUCAAUCCCAAUAAGGAAAGACUUCUGAGCAAAGUACAAGCUUUAGACCCGUACGUGAUCAUCACCUGUGAAGGAGAGCGGGUUCGUUCGCCCGUUCAUAAGGACACGCGGUGCCCAAACUUCGACAUCAAAGGCCUGUUCUACCGCAAGAAACCCAAAGAGGGCAUCCACAUCGAGAUCUACAACAAGAACAUGAUCGUGGACACCUUCCUGGGUCAGGUGAUCCUGUUCAGCGACCCCAACGAGCGCCAGGAGCAGCACACGCUUCACCUCCGGGACAAGGGCAGCCGCCAGGACAACGACCUUCCGGGCACGCUCACUGUGCGUCUCAUCACCGCGACCACGCUCACCAACAUCUGAUGCGAUCGUUCACACAUAGAAGUACGAUGAUCAACAUCUCGAGGUGGCGUUUCGGUCGCGAGCCCGUCCGCUCGUAUCCGUCGUUGUAUCCUCCAACGACGACGGGAGCUCACUGUGUCUUUUGUUUUCUGCCGCUUGCGCGCGCUCUUCGUGUCUCUUAUCGUUUCCAUAUCUUCUCUUGCUUCAGCAUUUUUUAAAAAAUUUUUUUAUUUAGCUUUGUUUCCGAAGGCCUUUAACUUAUAUUUCCAGAUAUGUUCUCAAAGGAAGUUUUGAAGGUUUUGUAGCCUUCCAUCAACACCCGAGAUACAAAUUAACUGACUUUUAAGAACAUUCUAAUACAAAUCGGUUCAUCGGUCUGAUCAGAAUCUACAAACUUCUUAUUUUCUCCCUGCAUAUUGUUAAAUCCGAACACAUACGCACACUCGUACAUGCACACACAGUACACAUGCAGACACGUCUGCACUCUCCAUGCAUGUGCCAACGUUUCCAAGGGCUAUGCAUUGCCUUAAGGUUGAGUCUGCCUCUCCACCUUGAGGAGGGAUCCUGUUAAAUACUCUUCUCCAUCAGCUGUCCUCAUGAGUUAGAACAGCCUCCAUUUCCGUCCUCGCUUGUUUCUCAUUUCUAUUCCCUAUAUAUUAACAUAACGUAUACUCUUUUAUAGCUGUGGAUAAUAGUCCCACCCAGUCAUCCCACCCAGACACCUCAAGUCUUCACGAGUUUGCCGGAGCUUUGGAGAGCAUGCAGCACAGUCACUUUUUACUGUGGACUUUACAAAGGAAAGCCAACAGCAGCUACUCUCUCCCUCUUUUAUUGAGAGCUUUUCUGUGUUGUUCUGUGAGCGCGCUCAUGUGUGAAAUCUUGCCUCCCGUCUUCCAUCUUUUGAACCCAUUUCAAACUCCCCGAGACGCUUUCUGCCGGUUGCUAUGGACGAUCUCAAAACUGCAUGGCUUAAAAAAAAACAACAACUAAAAACUAGACUCUUUGCCUGUGCUCUCUGGUCUCUCCGGUCGUAGCUUAGCAGCCGGUGCUUUUGAUAGUGCUAACCUUCCCUCUUUGACCCCCCGACCCUCAUGUGUACGUCUUCUCAAUCCAGCGGAGUGCAAAGAUUCACUCUGACAUAAUCAAGUGCUUUAUGGGACCAAAGAUGAGCCUCCGCUCUCUUAGUCCCUCUCGGACCGCCCUGGCCUGGCCUGGCCUAAGCCUAGCUACGAACCACCACCCCCUGUGCCACAUCAUCUCUUAACGGCAACACCACUGCCUGACGCUUCCUCUGGCUUGAGUCUUUUGGCCCGGGCCUAAGACUCCAGCCACGUGACCCCCGAAGACAGCAGCCGUGCUUCUGCUGUUGGCACAGAG